UUGAUAAUUUUAUUAGGGUUACUACUGGGAGUUUUGUACUGCAUCCAUAUUCUUGUGCAGGAUUACCAGGCAGUCACAGCACCAAGACUUCUACGCCUUCUUUUCAAAAGAGAUGUUUCUUCCCACCAGCAUGAUAGACCUAACGUUAGAUGGAGAAAAAUUUUAAUGUAUGAUAGAAUACAAUGCGCCCGCUUUCUCUAUUGUGAACUCGGAACGCGGCCGCUAGACGAAGAAAUACGCAGAGGUUUCAUAUUAAUGCUGAGCUUAGAGCCACGGGAAGAAGAUAGAUCGUCCUUAGACAUUUUUAAACAAGCAUACGAAUACGGUCAACAUUCUCAUGGUGGUGAUAAUUACUGCAGUAAAAAUUAUCCAAUGUGUCCGUUCCAGAGUUCUUUACUUAUUGAUCUCAUCAAGUAUUUGCUACGUCAUCAUUAUGCCAUUGAAUAA